UUGAAAUGAAAGCUGUGAACCAAAUUGGAGCAGUAUUCUAGUUGAGAGGGCAGGCAAACAAAAAACAUUGGAUUUAAUUUGGAUCCUUUGUGAGUUUGCAGAGUGGCACAGAAGGCUGUACUGUAUGAAGUGACUGGAUGGGCAGUGUCCUGCCCGUCAAAUCUAUCUAAGGCCCUGUGACUGUAAAAUUAAAGCAAACCAGUUUUGCUUAUCUGACCACCCUUCUCGCUAUCUCACACCCCACUAGCUUCAACUGACAGGUUCUAGCUGUCAUCGGAGAGAGAGAAAAAAAAAAAAAAAAACAAAAAGGAUGGUUGUUGUUUCUGGGUUUUUUACUUUCUUUUACUGUGUAGGUGAGUUUAUAGCGGCGCAUUUGAGAAACUGAGGGGAGGUUUUGUGAGUUUAAGCAAAAAGGGUUUUUGGUGUUAUGUUUGUAUCUGGGAUUUUUGAAGCGUUUAAGAGAAAGUGUCAAGGAAAAAAAAGAAAUAAAAAGUAAAGAGGGAAUGGAAGUGAGGAAGGAAAAGUAAAAGGGACGUGGUCCUUCUCAUAUACACAGAUCCCUAUGGAAUGAAGGAGCGCCCCAACCGGCAUUGCUUGGUUGAAUUCAUUCUUUUUGUUUAGUUUAAAGAGACCAAUUUUGUUCUCUUGAGAGAGAGAGAUAGAGAGAGAUUGUGUGUGUGUGCAUAGAUUAAAGAGUUCUGCGCUGUAGAAAAUGUUGUUGUAUUGAGUUUCUGCUACUAGACAACAAAAGACCAAGCUUUCAGAUAGGAGGGAGGCAAGAGAUUUCCGUAUGAUUAGAUUAUUUUCGCUUCAAUGAUUGAGUUGCCUUGCAGCUGGGUAUAUAACUGCUGAGGAACUUCAGAGUGGGAAAAGAAAGAGAGAGCAGAAGAAGAAGAAGAUGAAGACUAUGAACGACAAUAGCAAUGGCUGCAAUAAUAACUGGUUGGGUUUCUCUCUUUCACCUCACAUGAAAAUGGAAGUAGCUAUUGAUCCCCAACACAGUCAUCAUCAGUUCCAUCACCAUAGCCAAGCUUCAGCUGCUGCUUCUGUAUCUAAUGCUGUUUCUACAAGCUUCUACUUGUCUUCUCACCUCAAUGGUUCUGGCAUCUGCUGUGAAGUUGGAGAAAGUGGAGGUUUUAACGCUCCCUUGUCUGUUAUGCCACUUAAGUCAGAUGGGUCUCUAUGCAUCAUGGAAGCACUCAGCAGAUCACAAUCAGAAGGGAUUGUCCCUACUUCAUCCCCAAAACUGGAGGACUUUCUGGGUGGUGCAACUAUGGAAACGCAUCAAUAUGGAAGCCACGAGAGAGAAACAAUGGCUCUGAGCUCAGAUAGCAUGUACUACCACGAAAAUACAGACCAGGAAGCCAACAGACAGCAUUCUCUGUACCUUCUUCAAGAACCGUUUAGGCAACAAGACCAAGAGUUUGCGGUUCAAACUCAUCCGUAUUAUUCAGGACUGGGCUGCCAAGGCAUGUAUCAGUCACCAUUGGAGGAAGAAACUAAGGAUGCUCAACUAGCAGACUGUGAUUCCCAGAUUUCUCGAAUGCAGGAAACAAUGACUUGCUUUAAAAACUGGGUAUCUAGGCACUACAACAAUAGUUCACUGGAACAGCAGAUGACUGCUAGCAUGAUUGAUGAUGGGGCAGCUUCAGGGUCUGUUCGUGCAAUGGGUUGCGGGGAUUUACAGUCUCUCAGUUUGUCUAUGAGCCCUGGUUCUCAGUCCAGUUGCGUUACAGCUUCAAGACAGAUCUCACCUCCUGCCACUGAAUGCGCGGCCAUGGAAAUAAAAAAGAGAGGGUCUGGAAAAGUGGGUCAGAAGCAACCUGUUCAUAGGAAGUCCAUUGACACAUUUGGACAGAGAACUUCCCAGUAUAGAGGUGUCACCAGACAUAGAUGGACAGGUAGAUUUGAAGCUCAUCUCUGGGAUAACAGUUGCAAGAAGGAAGGGCAAACCAGGAAAGGGAGGCAAGUUUAUCUGGGUGGCUAUGACAUGGAAGAGAAAGCUGCUAGAGCUUAUGAUCUUGCGGCCCUUAAGUAUUGGGGACCUUCGACGCAUAUAAAUUUUCCACUUGAAAAAUACCGAGAAGAACUGGAAGAAAUGAAGAACAUGAGCCGCCAGGAAUAUGUGGCCCAUCUAAGAAGAAAAAGUAGUGGGUUCUCCAGAGGGGCCUCAAUGUACAGAGGAGUAACAAGACAUCAUCAGCAUGGAAGAUGGCAAGCACGCAUUGGCAGGGUUGCUGGAAACAAGGACCUUUAUCUUGGAACAUUUAGCACCCAAGAAGAAGCAGCUGAAGCAUAUGACAUUGCUGCCAUAAAGUUCCGCGGUGUAAAUGCUGUGACAAACUUUGACAUAACAAGAUAUGAUGUCGAAAGGAUCAUGGCCAGCAAUACCCUGCUUACGGGAGAGCUAGCUAGGCGAAACAAAGAGGCAGAUUCGAACAAUGAGGCCAGUGAUAACAAUACACCAUCACUAACCAAUGGAGAGACCGUUCAACCUGAAGUCAAUAAUGGGAAUGGUUUAGACCGGAAGAUGGCCUUGUAUCCAUUGCCACAGCAACAACCAAGCGUUGAUGAUGUUGUGUCACUUGAGCAAAAGUACAUGAGUACCGGAAGUUAUCGAAAUCCCUCUUUCUCGAUGGCCCUCCAAGAUCUCAUAGGAGUUGAUUCAGUGAGCUCUAGCCAGCCAAUGGUGGAUGAAUCCACCAAGCUAGGAACGCAUUAUUCUAAUCCAACUUCGUUGGUAACCAGUGUAAACAACUCUAGAGAAGGCAGCCCAGAUAAAACAGGCCCCAAAAUGCUCUUUGCUAAGCCUCCCUUGGCAUCAAAGUUCAUUACUCCAACAAAUGGUGUUAGUUGGUUCCCAUCAGCAGCAUCUCAGCUGAGGCCUGCUGCGGCCGUCUCAAUGGCUCACUUGCCUCUUUUUGCUACCUGGAACGAUACAUAAAAUCCUCUUUUCUCCUGUUACCGGAAACAUUUGAAAUUUUGCCUGAGGAAGAAAAAUUAACAAAAAUCUGUUGGUAAGGGAAAAGUAUGAUCCUGAUUUUGUUUUUUUAGGAGUUAGUGGGAGGGAAUUUGGGAUUUAAUCAAAAGACAAGGGUGGGGGUCACUCAUCUGCCUGGUAACAAAAGUGUUGGAAACUUUUUUUCAAGCUGUACCUUUUGGCUCAUUGGAAUGAAGAUUUUACAAAAUGCAGGGAAGGAAUUAGGAGAUAUGGGGCCUAAUGUUUAAAUUCUAUGGAAUGAUAUUGUCUAUAUUGCUGUUAUAUAAUUGAAGUUGCUUUUCUACAUUUUUAUAGUUGUUGCCAAGUACAAAACCAGCCCAAUCUUUCCCAAUAAUGCAAAAGGAGAGCUUAUUUUGACCGCAAUAUCUCGUAUCAGUCCCACCGGUUUGUUCCUCAAAUCCGCGUUGCACUAUCAAAACAAUCCCACCUUUUUUGUUCCUCAAAGGAAAAGGACCUUCCACCUCAUUAUUUAAAAAAGGGGGCAACAGAUUCUCAAAACAAAGACUUUAUUAGCAAGUUUUAUUUUAAAGAUUUAAUGGUCAUAAUUGGCUAGGACUUUGUCUGCAACUACAUCAAUUAUCAACUUUGUAAAGGACUAAAGACAUAGUUUUAUUGUUAAAAUUCCCUUUAGCUUUUUCCUAAUUCCAUGAUGUAAACCGACGAUGAUAAAAAGCGAUUCCAUGUCCUGGUGUGGACGCUAGAAAGAGAUGAUGGAUUGGUGUGAACUGAGAGAGAAAAUCAUCCCCCCACUCCCUCGUGCGGAUACUGCAGCUGCUUCAUCAAUUUGCAUGUCUGAGUUGGAUUGCAAUCGUAGAAGAUUAAAUUGUUGGAAUUGAACUGAUAGGAUGACAGGGAGGAAUAUGUGCCGCAAAAGCUGGAGGUUGA